AUGGAUGAAACCGGGUGCCCGACCGUGCCAACCAGACCUGUCAAAACCAUCGCGCGCAAAGGACAAAAGCAGGUCGGCUCAUCAACAUCUGCCGAAAAAGGCACCAAUGUGUCUUUGGCUUUGGCCGUCAGCGCUAGUGGCCAGUCUAUACCGCCAUUCUUCCUCUUUCCCCGAGUCAACAUGAAAGAGAUUUUUAUGCCUCAUGCGAGUCAUGGCGCUGUUGGUGUUUCGAACGGUUCUGGUUACAUGAACUCUGACGUAUUCCCUCAAUUCAUGCGUCAUUUCAUAAAGCACACCGGUGCUAAUGCCGAUUCGCCAACCAUGUUGCUGCUGGACAACCACGGUUCGCAUUUAUCGAUCGAGGCGAUAGAUUUGGCGUUGGAUCAUGGCUUCACGUUGCUGUCUUUUCCGCCGAAAUACACGCACAAAAUGCAGCCGCUAGAUGUUGCGGUAUUUGCACCAUUUAAAGGCAUGAUGACCGUGAAGCAUGAUGCAUGGAAAAAGACCAACAUUGGUGUCACUUUCGAUCUGCAUCAUGUGCCGCUCCUUGUCGAUCAGUGCCUCAAUGUUAUGUUAACGCCGAAAACCAUCAAAUCCGGCUUCCGAACAACUGGCAUCUACCCGUUCAACCCGCAAAUUUUCACUGAAGUUGACUUUGUCGCUUCGGAACUGAGCGGCGAAAAUUUGUUCGGUGACGAAGAGAAAGACGCCGACAAUCAACGUCGAGUUCUUGCCUCUGGUGAUGCCAUUGUGACUGCUGCGAAUGAGGAGGUGUCAACGUCGGAGGCAUCGACAAGUGCCCCAGGCUUCAACAAGUGGUGCUGCAUCAUCGUCGUUGUCUCUUGUUUCGGCUCCACAGCUCCGUGA